CACAGAGAAGCGGGAAAUCCCCGGCCUGUGUCACUGUCAGCGACCGGUGGGGAAAGCUUCCGAAGGCUCUGCUCCAGCCGUUGACUGCAACGCCUCUGGCGGAGCCAGGGACCUUCCGCUUGAGUUCGCGAAUCCACAAUAACCCCAAAUAAAACCAUUGUGUUCACGUUAAAAAAAAAUCCAGCAAGAAUGAUCCAUCGUCUUGUUUCGAGAGCCGGAAGGGAAGUAUGUGAGACUGACAGGAAGUCUUAAAAGAAGACGCUUGGAAUCCAGGAAAGGUACUGUGAUGACAGUGGUCUUCUUAAAGAUGUGGAAACCUCAGAUUGAAGCAGGGAGAGGUUAAAAAUUUCUGCCAAUGCCCCUGCCAGCGGAUCUGCACAGGAUCUAAGGACAUGGCCGGGGGUUCCAUCCAGGUAAUUGAUCAUUCCACACCCGGGGAAGUUCAAUUCAUAGUCGAGUGAGUGGUCAUGAAUAACCAAGAGGUGGUAGCACUCCUACAGGAGUGCAAGCAGGCCCUUGAUGCACCCCCAUCGGAACCGUCAGAAGAAGACAAGACAGAGUACCAGCAGUGCGAAGCUUCACUCUCUGCUGAUCUGAGGACCCUGCUGGAACAGGCAAAGGAAAUGAAGUGGCCCUUUGUACCAGAGAGGUGGCAAUACAAACAAGAAGUAUGCCCAGAAGACAAAACAAACCUAAAAGAUAUCAUCAGCGAGAAGCUGCCCGAUCUGUUGGUCCUUUUGAAAGCUUCUGUCUCAGUUGGUGACUACGCUUCAGCAGCUGCCACAGUCUUCUUGAUUGACAGGUUUCUAUACUGGGUCGAUGCAUCCAGCAAACUUCUGCAGGUUGCCAAGGGCUUGCACAAGCGUCGCAUGGAAAUACCAAUCGCGCCACAGGUGGUUAUUCGCCAGGCCCGAGUCUCUGUAAAUUCAGGUAAACUUCUGAAAGCUGAAUAUAUCCUGAGCAGCCUGAUAAAUAAUGUUGGGGCAACAGGUACUUGGGUCUAUGAGAAAAAGAGCGAUCGUACACUGGUACAAGCUGUCAGCGUUCAAAUAAGGGGACAGAUUCUACAAAAGCUUGGGCUGUGGUAUGAAGCUGCGGAGUUGAUCUGGGCUUCCAUUCUGGGAUUUUAUGAGCUUCCUCAACCAGAUAAAAAGGGAAUUUCCACAUCAUUGGGCAUUUUGGCUGACCUGCUGGUUUCAAUGAGUGAUGAGGAUUACUACCGCUUUAAGAAGGACCCUCAGAUGGACCUGAUCCUGGUUGAGGAAUGCACUGAUCGACUCUUGUCAGCUGCUGAAGCAGGCAAACUGGCAGCUGUGCUCAGUCAAUACAACCCACUCUUCGUGCUGACAAACCUGAACAUCUAUGGAACAUGUCUCCUUUCUUAUAGUUUUAAGGGGAAAGAUUCAAAGAACGAAAGUCAGUUCUACCUUUUACAAGCAAAAGAGGCUUUUGAAAUAGGGCUCCUUACGAAGGGAGAUUGUGACGUUAUAACAAGUAAACAGGAACUGCAUGGAUUUGUUAAAGCAGCAUUCUCUCUUACAACUGUGCACAAGUGGCUCACAGGUAACAAUGAAAUCCUUAUGAAGGCAAGACAAUUGUGUAAAGAAGCAAUGAAAAAAUUAUACCUGUACAGUACUCAGAACCAGGAAACUUUGGCUCAGGAAAUCAUGGAGCUGAUCAGCCAAAUCAAAGUUUCUUUGCAAAUAAAAGAUCUCUGCAAUUCUGAUAGUAAGUCUUAUGUCCCAGACCACUAUAAACAUUACUGGGAUAAGCCAAUAGUGAAAGGAAGGAUGGCCUUUGAUAAAAUCCUAGAAAGGCACAAACAAUAUCACAGAACAAUAUGCACAGUGUUUGAAGGUAGUUGUAGAAGACAACAAAAUAGCAGUGGGGUCUCAAAAUAUAGCUGUAUAACUGCUUUUAAGACGGAAACCAAAGAGCUUGAUACUGCUGAUGCCAAAGCAAGCAUCCCUCAUCAAUGUGAUCUUGAUUUCCCUCAUCAUUCUGUACCUAAAGAGACAAAAGCAAUGCAAAAGAAUCAAGAGUUGCGGAACAGGAGCGAUGAAUUAGCGAAUGUGACCAAAUUAGAGAACCAAUAUGCAGGCCCUUUGAAAGACAACAGGGUGUUGCAUGUAAACUCAAGGAAUGACCAACCACACGUUGUAACAGCCACUGAUAAAAACUUGGAUGAUGUAACCUCUGAGGGCAAGGGCAAUGCCAAUAAAAGAUGCACGGACCAUCUGAGUGACAGCCAUGGCUCCAGCUCCUCCUCAAAAUCCUGGCUGAAAACAUCUGGGUCAGGAUUAUCCGACAGCUGGGAGGAAGUGAUCAGCAGCAAAGGCAGUGGAUUCCCCCAGAGCAGAAGUAAACACUGUUUGCUGUCCAUGGACACGGAAUGCUCAACAGUUUUAACUGAUGAAAUCAGAGAGCAUCAGCAGGGUGAUCACAAUACAGAGAAUGAAGAUUGUAAGAACAGUACUGCACCAUCUGCCAUUCCAUCAGAACAUCCAUUGUCUCAAACAUAUAAACAGCUUAGAGAUUCAGAUAUUAAUUGUACUCCAGGUAAUAUGGGGACAAAAAUUCCUUCAGCUUUAUCUUCAGAGGAACACGGGUCUUUCAAGAUGGCUGGCCCUGAUAGAAAGACUGUUGAUGACAGUGCAGAGGACCACAAACCAGAUACUUGUAUAGAGACCCGCAGGCAUGAUCAGACUUGUAGAGCUACUUGCCAAACCUCGACAACUCAUUCAGAUUCAGUGAACAUUAGGAAAGUUGCCAGGUCCUCUUCAGUAGAGAGUGGCUCAUUUGAGAUGAUUGACACUGAGGCAGAUACUGUUGAUGACAAUGAAAAGGAUAAUAAGACAAACAAUUUUAUAGGGUCCCCUGGAUGUGCCCAAAAUCCUCAUUCUUCCUCAGAUCCUACUUGUAAAACCGUAAUAACUCAUUCAGAUUCACUGAACAUUAGGAAAGUUACCUCAGCUUCUUCAGGAGAGAGUAACUCGUUUGAGAUGAUUGACAUUGAUGCAGAAACUGUUGAUGACAUUCAGAAUGAUAUGGAUGAUUUUCAUCUGGGCACAAGUGAAAAUAGCCUUGGAAAAUCCUGUUAUUCUCAGCCACAUUCAAAUGCUGCGAAGCCUGUCGUAAUUGACAGCGAUAAUUCAGGGAACUUUAUAAAGACAAGCCCGUCUUUAUCAGAAAAAAAGGAAUCAAUUGAAUUGAUAUUAGUUGACCCGACAGCGGAGACGGCUGAUGGAACAGAAGAAAGUAAUUAUUUUCCAAUUCCUAAAGGAGUUUCUGAAAGUCUGCAUGCAGAUGAAAACAAGAAACAUGAGACACAUCAUCAUGACGCAAUGCAAGUGAAGAAUUGCUCUGCUCAAUCUGUGUUACCUAUCAAGGGAUCGGACAAAGACUACAGCAAGGCAUCACCAACAGCCGGUGAAAAUGCUGACAGCGUCACAAGUAACCAGACUCUGAACAACAGCCUCAACUCCAGCUCUUCCUUCAGAUCGUGGUGCAAGUCACUUAUUCCAAGCAGUGGUUCCAACCUUAAUUACAUAAGUUCAUCGCUGACUUCAAGCAGCAGUUCCUUUGUGCUACUUUCCAAAAAGAGGCAGACCUUUAACAGACGUGUUAUAACUGAUGAAGAUUAUAAGAUGUUGUUUGCAGGUGUAACCCACGAGUGGCUUCUGGAGAGAAUUACUGGCACUGGAGUAUUUUACCCUCACAAACUAAAAGACACUUGUAGUGGUCUACAAUUUAAAUAUAACAAAAAAACUAACACUUGGACAGCCCAAGAAACUCUGGUUUAUAUUGGGAAGCCUUUAGCUGUGGAAAAGGCAGGUGCCCAGAGGACUGCUUUGGAGAUCCGCUUUCUGCAUCAGGAAGAAAUAUUGGGCAGAUAUGUUGGAAAACAGUAUAAAAGAACAAAAGAGCUUUCCUACCACUUCAAUGAUGUUGAGCGGCAAAUGACUGCACAACACUACGUGACAGAAUUCAACAAAAGGUUAUACGAGCAGCAAGUUCCAACACAAAUAUAUUAUAUUCCAGCCUCAGUUCUCUUGCUUUUAGAAGAUGACCAAAUUGUGGGCUGUGUAAGCGUAGAGCCGUACAUGCUUGGAAAAUUCAUAAAACUAACCAACAACACAAAGGCUGUUCACAAAGAAUAUGAAGCAACAAUGUAUGGACUUGCAUUUGGACAUUUUACCUACGAGUUUUCAAACCAAGAAGAAAUAGUAGUUGAUUUACAAGGCUGGAUCACUGGAGAUGGCAAAGGUAUUAUAUACCUAACAGAUCCUCAGAUUCACUCAGUGAAAAAGCACCGAGGGGGAUCUAACUUUGCAGACAAAGGCAUCGGAUACUUCCUCAACUGCCAGCACAGGGAAUGCAAUGAGAUUUGCCACAUCCUCACUUUGAAGAAUCCAGUCAGGGAGAGCCUGGAAGAAAUAUCUUCAGCAUAGUUUUGUGAUCUUGAGAAGUAUAUUUGCAUUUGUCAGGAUCGUUUCUCGUCCUUAUUGGUGCAGAAGAUGAUCAUUACACAGCUCUGGUAACCCACAUAGCAUUAUUCCAGCAAUAGCAUCAAGAUUAUCCUUGUUGGUAGCUGCUGGUGCUGACCCUGACUCAGGAUGUGGGGUGUAGCUGGUGAACGUCUGUGAAGGCAAGGCCAUAUUAUACCAAAUUACGGCAGGGAAAAGUUCAACUUUCAUUGCUUGCACUACACACAGUCAAGACUAUGGAAAGGUACUGAAUGCUCUCCAUAUCUUGCUGCAUUUGGGUAUGGAAAAUAUUUUUAUUUGAGAUUUCACUUCCCUCUUUCUCCAUCUCUUCCCUUUUUCUCCACAUUCCCGAUUCUUUCCCUUUCCUCUCUUUUUCUCCUCUUACCCUCUCACCAUGUUUCUUUCUGUCUCUCCCUCUUUCUUUCUUAUUCUCUCUCUAUCUCUCCCACUCCUGUUUUUUGCUCUCUCUCAUAUUUCUUUCAUUUACCCUCUUCUUCCUCUUGUCCUUUCUCUGACCCCUCUCCCUCUUAUAAGGACAUACAAAAUAGGAGGAAGCCAUUCUGCCCCUCAGACCUACUCUAUCCAGCAACAUCAUGGUGUUGAAAUCGAACACCAUUUUCCUGCUCUAUCCCCAUAUCCCUUCAUUCCUCUAAUAUCCAGAAAUCUAUCAAUCUCUGUAUCAAAUACAAUCAAUGACAGAGCCUUGAGGUAGAAAAUUCUUAGCUGAGUGAUGAAAUUUCUCCUCAUUUCAGUUCUAUGUGACCUACCUCUUAUUUUCAGAUUGGUUCUAGCCUCUUCAGUCAGAAGAAAAAUUCUCUCCAUAUCCUUUUCCAUCUCCCUAACCGUUUUCUAUGUUCCAAUUAGGUCACCUCUCAUUUGUCUCAACUGUAGAGAAUAAAGGCCUAGUCUACUGAAUUUUUCUUCAUAUGACACAGCAGCCAUCCCAAGAACCAGUCUGAUGAAUCUUCACUCUACCCCCUCUAUUGCAAGCAUAUCCUCUUUUCUUUCAAUAGGUAAAGAGAUCAAAAUUGCACAUAAUAUGUCCGCUAUCAUCUCAAGAAAGCCCGACGUAAUUUUAGUAAGACAUCCUGACUUUUGUACUGAAACCCUCUUGCAAUAAAGAACAACAUUCUAUUUGCCCUUCAAACUGCCUGCUGUACUUACAUGUUAGCUUACAUUGGGUCUUGUACAAAGACAUCCAGGCCCCUUUGAACAUCAAUAUUUUCAGAUCUCUCACCAUUUAGAAAAUAAUAAGCGCUUCUAUAGUUUUCUACCAAAGUUGAAUACCUCAUGUUUUUUUCACAUUGUACUCCAUCUGCCAUGAUGUUGCCCCCUCAAGCAACUUGUCUCUAUCCUCUUGCAUCCUCAUCACUGCUCACAUCCCCAUCAUCGGCAAACCUGGAACUGUUACUCAAACAAUACAUCUAUAUAGAUCGUGAAUACAGUAAUUAGGGUCCAAGUACUGAUUCUUGUGGUACCCCACCAGUCACAGCUUGUGACGGACCCAUUUAUUCCUACUCUUUGUUUUCUAUCUGUUAACCAAUUGUCAAUCUACAUCAAUAUAUUACUUCUAGAUGUAUGUACUCUUAACUUUCUUCACCAACCUCUUGUUUGGGACGAUAUUGAAUGUCUUCAGAAAAUCCAAGAACACCAUACCACUGGUUCCCCCUCCAUCUACUGUACUGGAUACAGCCUCAAAAUUUUCCAAUAGAUUAAAGAGUAUUAUGAUUUCCUUUUCAUAAACCCAUGUUGAUUCACUUCAAUCACAUAGGUUGUGUGUCUUAUAUCAAAUCUUUUAUGAUACAUUAUGGUCCGCACAAAGUCUCUCCUCUUCAUCAUCUCUCUUUCAAACCUAGACCAAGCCUGGAUCCCUUACUCCUCUCUCCUUGCAACAUCUCACUCAAGAUAGGGUCAUACAGCAUGGAAACAGACCCUUUGGCCCAACUCAUCCAUGCCAACUGUGUUGCCCAUUGAGCUAGUCCCAUCUGCCCAUGUUUGGCCCAUAACCCUCUAAACCUCUUCUAUCCAUGGACUUACCUAAAUGGCUUUUAAAUGUUGCUAAUGUGCCUGCCGCAAGUACUAUUUCUGGCAGCUCAUUCCAAAUACGCACCACCCUUUGCUUGAAGAAGCUGCCCCUGAUGUCCCUUUUAAAUCUCUCAUCUCUGAUCUUAGACCUAUGUCCUCUUGUUUUUACCUUCCCCUCCCUGGGAAAAAGACUAUGCGCUUUCACCCUGUCUAUACCCCUCAUGAUCUUAUAUACCUCUGUCAGGUCACCCCUCAAUCUCCUAUGAUCCAGGAAAUAAAGUCCUAGUCUAUGCAUCCACUCCUUGUAACUCAGGCUCUCAAGUCCAGGCAACAUCCUGGUAAACCUUUUCUGUACACCUUCUAGUUUAAUAACAUCAAGAUGUUACUAACAUUGAGCAAAUGAAAUCAAGGAUAGGCAAGAGACCGAAUACAGAGCUCUGAGGAGUGGAGGUGGUUGCGGAAAUGGAUAUAGAGAUGGAUUCCAGCCACAUAUGAACACAAUGAGGAUUUUGAAUUAUCAAGGCAAAGCAUUUUCCAUUGAAAAUUAAAAGAGAAAUAUUUUCAGUUGGAUCAUCCAUUGGACAUUGGUUCUCUAUUAUUGUUUAACUGUAUAAAUGAAACCCCGACUUACCCAUGAUUAAUUGCAAUUAUCUCCUCUCACUCAGCAGCCCAAAUUACAGUAUAUUAGAUUAUGUUGUUAUGUUCUAAUAUUAAAUAUGUCAAUGAACACUGUUAUUCAUUAAAGUUUUUGCUGCAAAGUUAAUUUAAUAAAUUUUUCA